AAGGCAAGGGAGAAGAUAGCGGAGUUCAUCGGAGGCAGAGCAGAAGAAAUCGUUUUUACCUCAGGAGCGACAGCGAGCAUAAACCUCGUCGCGAGGGCCUGGGGGGACGCUUUUGUUGAAGAGGGAUCAGAGAUUUGUGUUUCUGCUGCGGAGCAUCAUGCAAACCUCGUCCCCUGGCAGCAACUAGCAAAGAGAAGAAAAGCAAAGUUAAAGAUUAUCCCCCUAAAUAAGGAGACACAUGAGCUGGAUAUACACCGCGCACUGUCUCUGCUGUCUCCUCGCACUCGCGUACUUGCUGUUGCAUACACCUCAAAUGUCUUAGGCUGCUUGCUGCAGCAGCAUCAGCUGCAGCAGCUGCUGCAGCAAGCGAAGCUGCUCAGCCCCAACAUCAUAACCCUAGUGGAUGCUGCGCAGGCCCUUCCCCACCUCCCCCUGCAUGCAGCAGCACUUGGGGCUGACUUCCUCGUCGGCAGCAGCCACAAGAUGUACGGCCCUUCAGGCGUCGGUUUUCUCUGGGGCAGCAAAACGAAGCUGCAGCAAAUGCCUCCAGAUAACUACGGAGGAGAAAUGAUACAAGUAGCAGCAGCAGACAAGCUGCUUGCGAAGGCGCUGCUGCAGGCUGUAGCAGAUAUCCCCAGAGCGACGAUUCUUUCAGUAAAACCCUCAACCAAACAGCAGCAGCAGCAGCACAAUCAGCAGCAGCAGCUGCUGCAACAGAGGCAGCAGCAACAGAGGCAGCAACACCGCAGCGGUGCAACAGCAGCAGCAGCAGCAGCAGCAGCAGAAAAGGAGACAGUUCCGAUAUGCAGUUUUACGAUAGAGGGGCUGUCUCCUUUUGAUGUCGCCCUCUGUGCUGACCAGUGGCACCAUGUACACCUCAGAGCAGGCAUGUUUGCUGCUGCUGCUGCUGCUGCUGCGAUUGCUGCUGCUGCUGCUGCUGCUGCUGCGGUUGCGGUUGCUGCUGCGGUUGCUGUUGCUGUUGCUGCUGCUGUUAUUACUGCUGCUGCUGCUGCUAUCACCACUGCUGCUACAACAACUACUGUUGCUGCUGCUGCUACUACUCCGGCUAUUGCUGCUUCUGCUGCUUCUGCUGCUGCUGCUGCUGCUGCUGCUGCUGCUGCAGGGCACCACUGUGCGCAGCCGCUGCACGAGGAAGUGUUUGGGGUUGCUGGCUCGCUGCGAGCGUCUUUAGCUGUUUAUAACACAGAAGAAGAUAUACACAGAUUUCACACGGCAAUGCUAAAAACGAUUAAACGCCUUGAUGCUGGUUCUUCUUCUUCGCUGUCUGCUAGCGGUUUGUCUGUAGGGCGCAGCCCCAAAGCAUCUCUCAGCUGUCUCCACAACUCUAUAGUAAAAGGAGACAGUAUAGCUUGA